ACUUUGGAAGUUGGCACCAUUGCUGCGCGGUCAACUCGAGUUGUGUUUGUGUCUUUUUUUAACUAUUAAAUGUUUUUUGUAAAGUUCUUUAAAUUUAACAAUUAUUAGAAUUUUAUUAUCAAUGGCGGAUAAACUAAAAACAUGUCCUUACGGCGACCAGUGUUAUCGAAAGAAUCCUAUUCAUUUCAGCGAAUUCUCGCAUCCUCAUUUGGACAAAAUUUAUUCGAAGGGUUUGGAUCCCGCGACGAAUAACUAUGCUAUACCGGAUGAAUAUUUUAUGUCCGCGGAAUUAAUAGAAACUCAGUUAAAGCUGCUAGAAAAACUUUUUCCAAAGGCAAGUUGCAGUGGUCGGGGUACCAGUGAAAUUCCAACGUCCAGUAAUAUUGAUGGCGAUACCAUAAGAGGUCGUCGGUUAGAUGGUAAAGCCGUUAAACCUGAUACAGCAAAACGUAGCAAAUCUCCUGUAGGUAGUACGUCUACUGAUUAUGCAUUAUCGAGUAACGCAUCAAGCUCAUCACCCACCGACAAAUCUAAACUUUCCAAAAAACCCAAAAUAACAAGAAAUAUUAAGGAUUACAUCCCGGUGGUUUUAGAGAAGGGGCACGCUGCUGAAAAACUGGAACGCGCUGCACCUUAUAACUUCUUCCUCACCGCGAUUACCGAUUCCAAACUCACUCAUCAUGAGCCAUUGACAAUAACGUUGCAAGAAAUUCUUGAUGAAAGCCUAGGGGAGCUAGAAUCGUCCGUGCAAAUUAACUUUAUGGUAGAAAUUGGCUGGCUACUUGGACAUUAUUAUUUCGCUGGCGUAAUGGGUACACCGCUCCUUGUUAUUUAUGGUGAUGAAACACCUGAGUUGAUCAACAUCUCAAAAACGCAUCCGGAGGUCACAGCCGUUAAAGUUAACAUGCCAACACCAUUUGCAACCUCACACGCUAAAGUAAUGCUUUUGGGGUACACUGAUGGUGGCAUGCGUAUAGUAAUCUCAACAGCGAAUCUAUACGAAGACGAUUGGCAUAAUCGCACACAAGGUAUUUGGAUAAGUCCGAAGUUGCCAGCACUAGCACAAAAUGUAGACACAACAGCUGGUGAGAGUCCAACAAAUUUUCGGCAAGAUCUGAUGUUGUACUUGGUAGAAUAUAAAAUACCCAAGUUACAACCGUGGAUAGCACGUAUACGCAAAACAGAUUUUAGUUCCAUAAAUGUAUUUUUUAUCGGUUCAACACCUGGAGGUUUCCGCGAGGGUGCACGUGGCUUUCCAUGGGGUCAUGCCCGUGUGGGCGAAUUGCUCCAAAAAUAUUGCACUACAGUGGAUGCAAGGGUACCAGUAAUAUGUCAAAGCUCAAGCAUUGGUAGUCUGGGUCCCAAUAUACAAACUUGGAUUCAACAAGAUUUUCUCAAUAGCUUGCGAAAACAUUCUGGACCCCCAGGCCUUAGUCAUUUUCCACCAUUCAAAAUGAUUUACCCCAGCUUUAGCAACGUAAAUGGAAGUCAUGAUGGAUUGAUAGGUGGUGGAUGCUUACCCUAUGGGGCAAAUACUAAUGAUAAACAACCGUGGCUGCGUGGGCAUCUCUUUCAAUGGUGCUCGAAGCAACGCUACCGUUCGCAAGCAAUGCCGCACAUAAAAAGUUAUACUCGUAUAAACUUGGAGAAUCAAUCUAUUUAUUGGUUUAUGUUGACUUCCGCAAAUUUAUCUAAAGCAGCAUGGGGAGCAUUUAACAAAAAUGUCAACAUCUUGCCAUGUCUAAGGAUUUAUAACUAUGAAGCUGGUGUGUUAUUCCUGCCGAGAUUCGUGACUGGGGAAGAAACGUUCCCUUUAGGACACGUUCGUGAUGGUAUACCACCAUUUCCGCUACCCUACGAUGUGCCACUAACGCCAUUCGCUCCAGAUGAUAAACCAUUUUUGAUGGAUUACCUACAUCAAUGAUAUUAUAGUUGCUUUUUAUUACUAGGGUUAAACUCUAUACUUGCUUAUACCUUCCACUUCAUUAUACAUAAAUAUAUGAUAAACUAAAUUCA